AUGGGGAGCCCACCGGCCAAGAUGAUAUUUUGUCCCAUCCACAUGCUUUCUGUAAGAAUCAUCCAAGCUAAGAACAUCAAGUCAAGAGACCUGUGGACAGUUCCACUUUCCUGCCAAAACCUUGCGGGGCAAUGUUAUUCACUGCUUGAUUCCAGUCUGAAGUAUUUAGGCAUCUCGGGCUGCAGUAGACAUCUUCAGUCAAGUCCAGACUCCAGCUCUGGAAGACAUCACCUUGGAGAUUUCCUUUCACACCGUUGUCAAGCUUCACAAAUGACUGCAUCAGACUGCUAUGUGCGCUUGUGGCUGCCAUCUGCUUCAAAGGAAAAGCUUCAGACCAAAACCAUCAAGAAUUCUGACAACCCUGUCUGGAAUGAGACUUUCUACUUUAGGAUCCAGAGAGAAGUUGAGAACAUUUUAGAAUUGGCAGUGUGUGAUGAAGAUCCACUCACCAAAGAUGACAUGCAGUUCACAGUUCUUUUUAAUAUUGCUAGAAUCAGACCUGGGGAGACAGUCCGUGAGACAUUCACUUUGAAAUCAGAGAGAGAAAGGUGUGCUAAGAAAUGGGAAAGUUUGGAAGUGGAAUUCUGGAUGGAAAGAAUUCCUGGCCCACCAGAGCACCUCAUUACCAAUGAUGUCCUAGUGUCCCGUGAGGUUUGCUGCUUGGAAGUGCAAGUGGACAUAAAUGAAAGCAGAAAAUACUUGAAGGAGAGUAAAAAUCUCGUGCUUACGGUGGCUGCAUCUCAUGAGGGAACACAGAAAACUACAGAGGACAAAGAUACUUUCUACUUCCAUUGCGUGAAGGCUUGGGAGCCCAUUCUAAAAGUCAGGCUGCAGAAAGUUUCUGAUAAGGAAGAUGACAACAGCAAUUUAAGUGACACCUUAACAGUACCACUGAAGUUUCUCCCUGUUGGACAUAAAGUGAAAGUAACCCUCCCUGUGAGAAAUAACGUGCCACUGCAGUUGUACCUCCAACUGAAUGAUUGCACAGAAAAAUUAGAUGUGCGCUUAGGGUAUGAUCUGUGCCAAGAAGAGCAAGAGUUCUUGCAAAAAAGGAAGAGAGUGGUUGCCAGUGCCCUGAAAAGGGUUCUUCAUCUGGACAGAGAUCUCCAUGGACACGAGGUGCCAGUAAUAGCUGUUAUGGCAACAGGCGGCGGCCUCAGAGCGAUGUCAGCAAUGUUUGGCCACCUCUUAGCUCUUCAGAAGCUGGACCUGUUGGACUGUGUUACUUAUGUCACUGGGGCUUCUGGCUCAACAUGGACCCUAGCAGACCUGUAUGAGCAUGCUGACUGGUCUCACAAGUCUCUGGAGGGGCCACUUAAGGCAGUAAAAGAACAAGUGACAAAAUGCAAGUUCAACCUCAUGUCUAUAGAGCAUCUGAAGUAUUAUCACAAGGAACUGGCUGAAAGGGCAAAAGCAGGACAUGUGUCAUCUUUUACAACUCUGUGGUCACUUGUUCAGGAAAUGUUCUUACAUGAACAGCCAAGAAAGUACAAACUCACAGACCAGCGCAGGGCAUUGGAGCAUGGACAAAACCCAUUGCCAUUCUAUGCAGUCCUCAAUGUGAAAGAUGAAAAGUUCAGUACUUUCAAAUUUAGAGAGUGGGCAGAGUUCUCUCCUUAUGAGGUGGCCAUACCAAAAUACGGAGCCUCCAUUCGCUCUGAAUAUUUUGACAGUGAGUUCUUCAUGGGAAGGAGAGUGAAGAAGCUGCCAGAGUCUCGGAUCUGCUACCUGGAAGGUCUUUGGACAAACAUCUUUACUAGGAAUCUGCUGGAUGGCUUGUACUGGUCCUCAAAUUCAAAUGAAUUCUGGGAACGAUGGGCCCAAGAUAUGGUAGAUAUAG